UUACGUGCGGCAGCAGGAAGAGAGGGAGAGCGAGCGAUUAAAAGGGAUGCUGAGAGAGGAGGAUGCGGUUGCCUGGAAACAGCAGAGUGGAACGCUCCACAGUGGCCACCCCGCCGACUUCCAGAGGCUCUCCCGCCCGACGGGGGAUGCUCGGCCGUCUCGAAAGGCACAUCGUUGUCGUCGCAUCACGCGGGCUCUCGUCUCUUAUCUGAUUCCCGACAAAGCUUCCUGCGCCAUGGGGACAGCUGAGGCCACGUUACGCAUGGACAGCAUGGAGGUGAAGGACGAGUGGCAGGACGAGGACUUCCCCAGGCCUCUACCAGAAGAUGGCGAUUCCUCGUGUGGACCGAUGGACAACAGGACCGCCGACCCCCCCACUAGAUUGAAUGUGGGAGGAUCCGCCAGGGACCAGUCCAAGAGGCGCACGCUGACCGCACCCGACAUGAACCUGUCGCUGGAACACAGCGAGGGCUCGCUGCUCUCCGACGACCUGGACAUCAACGUGGACGACAUGGAGACGCCGGACGACACCGACUCGCUGGACUUUGCCGAUAACGCCAAUGAGCUGGAGUGGGAAGACGACACCCCGGUGGCCAGCGCCAAGUGUCUCCCGGGCGAAGGCGAGGAGGAGAGGGACUCGUCGGGUCGGCCGUGGAGAACGGUCAUCAUCGGCGACCAGGAGCAGCGCAUCGACAUGCAGGUCAUCAGGCCGUACCUCAGGGUGGUCACGCACGGGGGCUAUUACGGGGAAGGCCUGAAUGCCAUCAUCGUGUUUGCUGCCUGCUACCUCCCAGACAGCAGCUGUGAGGACUACUCGUACAUCAUGGAGAACCUCUUCUUGUACGUGGUGAGCAGCCUGGAGCUGCUGGUGGCCGACGACUACAUGAUCAUCUACCUGAACGGAGCCACGCCGCGUAGGAAGAUGCCCGGCAUUGGCUGGCUCAAGAGAUGCUACCAAAUGAUCGACAGGAAAUUGAGGAAGAAUCUGAAGUGUCUCAUCAUUGUUCACCCGACAUGGUUCAUCCGGACCAUCCUGGCCAUCUCCAGACCUUUCAUCAGCAUGAAGUUCCUGGAUAAGAUCCGCUACGUGCACACGCUGGACGAGCUGAGCGUGCUUAUCCCCAUGGAGCACGUGCAGGUUCCCGAGUGCGUGCUGCACUACGAUGACGAGAAGAUCAAAGCCAGACUGGAGCAAGACCGGCAGAUUGCCAACUCGCCACCGCCCAAAGAAAGGCCGAAGCCAACGACGGACGAGAUCGGCCGCGACGUCUGACGUUCAAAGCUCUUUGGAUGGUGAAAAUGAGAGACGGCCUGACUGGACGCCAAAUGUGCGUUUCUCCCAUCCUAUCAACAACAUGAUGGACAAGCUUCACACAAGCUCGGACUGAAAAAGCUUUAACUCUCUUCGUUUGCAUGAAGGGAAUGUCUAGAGGUAUACAUCUGGGGUUUUUUUUUUAAAGCAAAAAAAGAAAAACGUGUCUUACAUAUUUUGUUCUUAUGAGCCCAAUGUGGUUGAUUCAUGUGCAAUGAUGUCGUUUCGGGGGCCACUGCGGACGAUGCAGAGGUGGCAGCCUUGUAGAUAUCCGUUUGCUGUCACGACUGCAUCAUUUUUGCCCGAUGAAAAUGAUAAAAAGUCUUACUUGUUGUUUGUGAUAUUUUAAAAAAGGGAACUAUCGGAAGAAUAAACAAUCUUGUCUUGCUGCGGGUGAA